AUGACCAUUCAGCGAGACAUACUAGAUGUUAACCCCAACGUUCGCUGGAGUUCCAUAGCAGAGUUAGACCAGGCGAAACAGUUACUAAAGGAGGCAGUUGUCAUGCCUGUCAAGUACCCCGAGUUGUUUUCAGGUAUAGUACGGCCUUGGAAAGGCAUUCUCCUCUUUGGUCCCCCUGGCACCGGUAAAACGCUUCUCGCGAAGGCUGUGGCCACAGAGUGUCGUACGACAUUUUUCAACAUAUCUGCUUCGAGUGUGGUUUCCAAAUGGCGCGGUGAUAGUGAGAAGCUUGUGCGACUGUUGUUUGAUCUGGCGGUGCACUAUGCGCCGAGCACCAUCUUUAUAGAUGAGAUUGACUCUCUUAUGUCAGCGCGCUCUGGAGAGGGCAUGCACGAAGGCUCACGACGGAUGAAAACGGAGCUUCUUAUUCAGAUGGACGGACUCUCAAAGCGGCGCGGUGGCGAGGUCGUCUUUGUGUUGGCAGCAAGCAAUGUGCCGUGGGACCUCGACACCGCGAUGCUUCGCCGUUUGGAAAAACGUAUUCUUGUGGGUUUGCCAUCACAUGAGGCGCGUGCGGCGAUGUUUCGAACAAUUCUUACCCCGAAUGCGGCGGCGCCAGACCUGGACUGGAACCUCUGCGCCGAUCUCACGGAGGGCAUGUCCGGCGCUGAUAUUGAUGUUGUGUGUCGUGAAGCCAUGAUGCGGCCGAUACGUGUGUUGAUUGAAAAACUUGAGAGCGCCGGCAGCCCGAUGCAGUUGGCAGGUGGGGCGCUGCAGCGGCCACGCGUGAGCAUCGACGACGUGACGGCAAGUGUGGCGUGUACACAAAGUAGCGUACGUCAGUCUGACUUGAAAAAGUUUGACGAGUGGGCGCGCAAAUAUGGCUCGGGUGUUUCCUCUUGA